GAAAAUAUUAUUAUUAUUAUUCUUCUUCUUCUUCUUCUUCAUAUCAAAAACUCAAUUCAAUUGUAAAUAAUGAAUGACUCAAAUCCGAGGCACAUUGGAGUCAUAGUUGCAGAACGUUGUCAGAGUGGCUGUUUUCGACUCAUUCUCAUGAAGAUUUCCACUUUGAUAAAUUGGCCACCACUCGGUAUCAAAUCUUUCGGGUUCCCCGUGAUAUCAAAAAUAACAUCAACACCAAGAUCCAUAUCAAUCUCAACAUCAACAGACACGAAUAUCAACAACGCACAGCAAAAAACAUAUCAUCUGCAAUUCUUUCUUACCGACUGAUUACACGAAAACCUUACUGACAAUCGACUCAAUUAACCCCAUCAUACACCCAAAAGUCGUAUUUCGUUAUCUAGAUCAACAUCCCAUACCGUCUUUUCAACAUCAUUCUAUACCUAUUCGUGACAACCCUCCGAGACCUCUUAUGCCCAGCUCAUCAACACCUCCUCAAUCUUUAGAUACCAUGACAUCCAAUCUUUCCAACUCAACAGAUAUUACAAACGAACAUGAUUCCGCCUCACAAGCUCUCGAACUUCAUUCUCCAAAGCCGCUGAAAACAAGGAUAUGUCGUUAUUUCAGUAAAUCAGGAAAUUGUCGAGCUGGUGACAGUUGUUCAUUCAUCCAUGACCCGACAAAGCUUCCUAGUCGUGCCACGGCAAACAAAACAGUGCCCGAGGUUUCCCAGGCUUCGAUAUCGGAAGCUACACAAGGACAAAAUGUGAUUCAAAAUCAUUCAUCACAAGCUAUCACAAAUCCUGUUCCAGCAUCACGGGUGGUAUCAAAGCCGGUUCCACAAGCACAAACUGAAAAUCCUCGAGAAUUUCAGCUAGGACAAAUUCGAAGACGAUUCUCUCCCAAGGAGAUUCGGCCAUCUGGAAAUGCCGAGGGUACUACUAUUCUAAAGUUCAAUCUCACACCAUCGGAUCCAGAUUUCCCUUUUGAGAUGACGGCUUUGGAAUGUUCUCUCACAGUACCUCCUCGAUAUCCUAUUGCCUCGCCUAGUUUGAGGGUAGAGAAUAAGGAUAUCCCUAGAGGAUUUGCUAUCAAUGUCGAGAAUGGCUUCGAUCAAUUGGUUAAUGAAAAAGAGAAUGCUACUUUAUUGGAUUUGAUGAAAUCCUUGGAUAAGCAUUUAGAAGAGUUUUUAUCUGCGCAGAAAGCCGAGACAGUUAAAAUUGUCAUGAAUAAAGACACGCGACAUCUUUCCAUUCCGAGCAGAGAAGUACAGCCUGUGGUUCCACCACCUCAGCCUGAAUCUGCAAUUAAGGAAUCAGAACAACCCAAGGUUACUCCUGUUAAACCAACUGUAAGUUUCACGGAAUCUGAGAAAGCUGAGGCAUCGAAAAAGAGAGAGGUAGAAACCAGACAAUUCGAAGCGAGAAUGGGUAGAUUACCCCUUUACAAGAAGUCUAGUGAUGGGAUUGCAUAUACCAUCCCAAUUGAACCCCGGAAACGAGGAGAUUUGCCACUGUCGAUCAAAGCUGUUAAAUCCAUUCAGCUCUUUGUGCCCACUAUCUAUCCACUCGAGCCUUGUCGAAUAAAAUUGGAAGGAGUAGAUGCUCCGGAAGCAAAAUCUGUAGAGAAAGGCUUUGGGCAGAAAGCUGAAGAGGCAAAAGCUUUGAACUUAAUGGGCCAUAUUAAUUACCUUGCACAAAAUAUGCACGUUCUUGCGAAGACUGCUUUGAAUACAGAGCCAAAGCCUACUUCUGUUGUACGAACACCGUCGCCUGUCGUUGAAGAACAAAAGGAUGUCAAGGGAAAAAGUGUUUCCACCGAUGAAACUGAAGAGAAAAGUCACAUUCAAUAUAUUGCUCGCCCACCCGAAUGGACGAUUGUCAAUGCUGAGGAUGCCGAAUACUCUGACUCUGAAUCGAUGUAUUCGUAUGAUAGCGGUGACGAAUCGGAGACUGAUGAAGGAGGAGUUGGAGUUGAACACGAACCUGAAAACCCAACACCAAAUCCUGAACGUGGUACAGCUAUAUCAUUUCCCUUCAUUGAACUUUAUGGCAUUGAGUUAUUGGAGGUUACUACCUUAAAUAUCACCGUCAAAUGUUCUCGUUGUAGGGAGAUUACAGAGAUUAAAGGUCUUAAAACUGGAGUUCAAAAGACCGAGACAUGUAGGAAAUGUGCAACUGCACUUGUAAUUUGCUACCGUCGAGAUUUCGUUCACGCAAGCAACGUCCGAGCUGGAUUUUUGGAUUUGGAAGGAUGUGUAGUUAGUGAUAUGUUACCUAGUACAUUCACACCAACAUGCUCUACAUGUUCCACUAUCUAUCCAUCUCCUGGAAUCAUUUCCAUCCGCGGCGAAACGACAACAAAUGUUUGUCGAGAAUGUCAUUCGAAAUUUACCUUUUCGAUUCCUACUAUCAAGUUUCUUCAGAUUUCUUCUUCUGCAACACCUCAUAAUAUCCUCCCUAGAAAGAAGAAAGAAACACUUGGUAUUGUUCCCGGUACUUCUCUGCCCAAAAACGGCCUUUGUCGCCAUUACGGUAAAAGUUACCGCUGGUUUCGCUUUAGUUGUUGUGAAAAGGUAUAUGCAUGUGAUAAAUGUCAUGAUGAAACAGAAGAACAUGUAAAUGAAUGGGCUAAGAGAAUGAUUUGUGGAUGGUGUAGUAGGGAAGGGAAUUAUAGACCAGAAGAUUGUGCAGGAUGUGGAGAGAGGGUGAUUAGCAGGAGGAGGGGAGGAGCUAGUUUCUGGGAGGGAGGAAAGGGGACAAGAGAUAAAACGAAGAUGAGUAGGAAGGAUAAAAGGAAGUAUAGGAGGGUUGGUGGUGGGACUGUGAAGAAGACUUGAGAUGGUGGAAGAAAUGGUGGGAUUGAGCUCCGAUGGUACUUUAGUACUUGCGAAAUCAUUUUGAUAUUGUUUUCAUUCACUUGGUCGUAUCGAUAUACAUCUUUCAAGGUAAACAAUCUAGACUCAAUAGACCCUCAACCAAAUACAUCUAGACUUCUCACACAAUGACACAAUGACACCAUCUUUUUUUCCCUACACCACAACUUGCAGCCACGAAUCCCAAUAACCCAGUUCAAUCCAGCAAUGAUGCCAGCAUUUUUCCAAUCAAUCAAUAAAUAUAUAAACAUUCAAUUUCUCACCCAAACCCUCCCUUAAAUAAAACACCUCCCUCCCUUCAUUUAUCCAUCCAUCCAUACAAAAUUCCUCCCCAACCCCAACCAUCACAUCUCGGUAUCACAUCUCACAAACUUUCCCCCUUCCCUCUCAUACCCAUACCUAACCCUCCAUCCCGAUUCCGAUCCCGAUCCCGAUCCGAAAUGCACACACGCACACGCCUUCUCUCCCCGAAACCGAGUUCUCGCAAUAUUCUGCUUGCUUUUUUUCUGCGCUGCCA